UUUGGCGGGGACUGCAGAGUGCAGAGCCUUAAUUGGAGGGAGGGCUCCCCACGGCUACAACCGGAUCGCAAGAUCGAAAACCUUCGGAGCCUCAAUGCCGGGCUCUUCCUCCCCCACUCCCAAACCCUAAACCCUAACUGCUCCCCACAACCAAGCAUCCCCUUCCAUCGCAAGCCUUCCACCGCGCCCCACCCGUUUCCAGCCGUGCGGAUGGCGCCUUGGAUGACGAUGCAGCUCAUGGUGCGUCUCCCGGAGACGAGGAGGUGGCGGGCAUGCUCCUGGCGAAGCAUCGGUCGAUGGAGGAGCAGCGGCAGCCGGGCGGUCUCCCGGAGAACGAGAGGCGCGCGCUCUCCACCGCCUACCGCAAUGUCUGCGCCGCCACGGAACCCAUCCGAACCCUCCGCGACCUGCUCCGUAUCCCGGGCAUUGGACCUUGGUCAUUCGUGUGAUGAAAGACUCCUUUCCAGGGUCCAUCCCAGGAAAGAAGCGUAGGCGGACAAAAUGUUAUGUGCCACAGAAAAAUUCUGCUUCUUACGCAAUAUUGAUCACGCUUUACCGGGAAAUGACAAGAGGCAAGGCUUUUAUGAUGAAGCAGGAGCUUAGCGAUGCCGCUGAUGCCAGUGGUCUGACACAAUUCGCAAUCGAGACAAACCCUGGGUGUUCUCAGAAUGACUAUUACACUGGAUGGAGCUGCAUGAAGACGCUGUUAUCUAAUGCACUGGUUGUGAAGUGGAGUAACCCUGCAAAGUAUAGGCUAACGGAAGAGGUAGAAAAACUGCUCUCGAUUGUCUCUGCUCGGUCUGGAUCUGCAGCUAAAGAAAUCUCUCUCAGCGAUUCAGAUUCAGAUUCAGAUUCUGAUGAGCUACAUGAAGGGAACAAACCUUUGAUAGGUUGAAGAACAAGAGCAAUAUGAACUCAAUGCAGGGGCUAGCAAAAACAUCUUCCAGCUUGUCUGUGCUGAAGGAUGAACUCAAUGUUCCUAGUUCCCCUUACUGUUCAACUGGUCUUUUGGGCAUUAUCGUGAUGAUUGCGGGCCACCUUUUGUGAAGCUUCCUUCCCGACUCGGUAGCAGGGCUUUCAUGUUAAGACAAAAAUAUAGGGGUUCUAUUUGUGUGCCAUGGCGCUUUCAAUAACUGAAAGUUUCUGACCAUGUGACCACUUAAAAAAGGCCCCUCCCUUUUAUGUUAGAUUGCGUCUAUGUAGAAUCCCAGGCUGGAUAAGAUAGAAUUAUCGUGUAAUGUAGUAAGUUAACUAGUGUUUGCUAUAUUUAUCGCCUAACUCGCAUGGAAGUCGACAAGGCGGUAUGAUGUAUACGUGCUCAUAGUUCCAUUUUCCAUCCAUUUGCUGAAAAGCUUUGCUU